AUUUCCGGUUCCCAUGAAAAAACAUAACAAAUCCGCGUCUUAACCAUCUUUGUUCCUGUUGGCAAUUGUUAAUAUUUAAGUUUAAAACCAGUUCUUUAGUUGUAUUUAGAAAACAACCUACAGAUAAUUAAAAAUAAAUUAAUAAAUGGCGGCUGUAACAUUGUCGCCUGGUCCAUCUGGUUCUGAUGGAAAACAAAGGAAAAGAAAAAAUGGACAAGAGUCGGAUGAUGAGGACAGUCAAGGAGGAUCUUUUGGGAAUGGCCCAGAAAGUGCAGACAAAGAGAGGUUUGCCAGAGAGAGCCACUGUGAGAUAGAGAGGAGGAGAAGAAACAAAAUGACGGCAUACAUUAAUGAGCUUUGUGAUAUGGUUCCUACAUGCAGCACACUGGCUCGCAAACCUGAUAAACUCACUAUUUUAAGAAUGGCUGUUUCUCACAUGAAGACAUUAAGAGGCACUGGUAACACAAACAAUGAUGGUUCUUAUAGACCUUCUUUCUUAACAGAUCAGGAACUAAAGCAUUUAAUCUUAGAGGCAGCAGAUGGGUUUUUAUUUGUGGUACAGUGUGAUACUGGGAGAAUUGUUUACGUAUCCGAUUCUAUCACACCUGUGUUAAAUCAAAGCCAGGGAGACUUGUUUGGUACCACGCUGUAUGAUCUGACACAUCCUGAUGAUGUAGAAAAAGUGAGGGAACAGCUCUCAACUUCUGAAUCACAGAACACUGGAAGAAUUUUAGAUUUAAAGACUGGUACUGUCAAGAAAGAAGGUCACCAAUCUUCUAUACGGUUAUGUAUGGGAUCUCGUAGAGGUUUUAUAUGUCGGCUGCGUAUGGGAAAUAUGCAAUCAGACCCAAUGACAGCUAAUCAUACAGUUCGCAUGCGACAGAGAAAUACCCUGGGCCCAGCAUCAGAUGGAAAUCAUUAUGCUGUUGUACAUGUGACUGGCUAUAUCAAGAAUUGGCCUCCUUCAGCUGGGGUCCAGAUGGAUCGUAAUGAAUCAGAUGAACAUGGGGGAAGUCAUUGCUGUUUAGUGGCCAUUGGAAGACUUCAGGUGACCAACACACCAAACUGUAGUGAUAUCAUGGGACCCAAUCCACCCAAUGAGUUUAUAUCCAGGCACAGCAUGGAUGGCAAAUUCACAUUUGUUGAUCAGAGGGUGACACCUGUACUAGGAUAUCAACCUCAAGAACUUCUUGGAAAACUUGCUUUUGAGUUUUAUCACCCAGAGGAUCAGACCCACAUGAAGGAAACGUUUGAACAAGUGCUGAAGCUCAAAGGUCAGGUCAUGUCCAUUAUGUAUCGGUUCAGGGCAUCAAACAGAGAAUGGGUGUGGCUACGAACCAGCAGCUUUAGUUUUCAGAACCCUUACACAGAUGAAGUGGAGUACAUAGUUUGUACCAACACUCUAGUCAAAAGUUCACAACAAGGUCAGAUUCCUCCACUUCACAACCCAGCUGAUCAGGCAUCUGAUGCUUCAAUGUCUGCUAUUUCUUCCUAUGCUGGGGGUGCCAGAGCUAUCCAGGCUGACCCUAUGGGACUGGGUGCAGCAGCCGGGGCAGGCAAGGCGUCAGACUACACAUCAGACAUGUACCACAUGGGCCAGCGUCCUGCCAUGCAGCAGGAGGUCUACCCAGGGUACCAGACCACUGGGGGCAUCAAGUACCCUGUACAUGCCUCAGGCACUGCCCCACAGGCCAUGGCUGGGUUAGGCAUGAGGCGCAGCCCAGCACAAAAUGCCACCAACAGCUGGCCACACCAAGGUGCCUUUGGACGGACAGAUGCUGACUAUGGAGCUUCAGCUGCUAGCCACUAUAAUGCUAUUAGCCCAGCCAAUAAUUCUACCGGCGCAAUGUGGUCCCAGCAGUGGCAAGCAACAGACGCCAGCUCCCAGCAGCAGCAGCACAACCCCCAGGCCCAGGAGGAGUACAGUGACGUGUUCAGCAUGCUGGGGCCCCCUGCUAAUGACUACACUGACAUCAUGUUCACCAACUUCACUGAGUAGAUCUCUCGGCUCAAUGGGAUAACUGGCUAAAGGGAAUCUCAGCGGAAUUGGAUUAUCCUUUACUAGAAUACUAAAAAAAUCCUUUAAGUUAUAAGAAAACAAUGAAAAUUAACUUGUGAUUUUAAAUGCUGUAAUGUCACAAUUAUAUUGCUUGAGAAACCAAGCUUCUAGUCCACAAAUCCAAAUUUUUAAAGUUAGCUCUAAAUCAUGCUGGGCCUGAUUGCUAACCAGGAUCUUGUACAAUGCACACUUAUAAUUGAUUAAUUGUGCCAUAUAUUUUCAUUUGCUAUGGGUUGUUGGGCUAUUGUUCACAGUGGAUGUAAAGAGUUAAUAAUUUACCUUUGAUAUAAACAGUUGAUUAUUUACAUUUGAUGUAAACAUUUAUUUACAUUUGAUGUAAACAUUUAUUUACAUUUGAUGUAAACAGUGGAUGUAAAGAGUUGAUUAUUUACAUUUAAUGUAAACAGUUAACGUAAACAUUUGCUUGUUUACAUUUGAUGUAAACAGUUCAUUGUUCACAUGUUAUGUAACAUUUGAUGAAUUCACGUUCUCCUGUGCUGUGUGAUUUGACACAUGAUCAUGUUUUAAAGGGUAAAUUUGUGUUGACAAUAGAACUACUGGUUCAAAGAAUUCAAUCACUUUCUGAACAGAUUUUAAUCUUCAUAUGUUAUAAACAUAUUUUGUUUUAUGAUGGAUGACAUUAUACAGACCAAGAUUAUAUUAAACAAUGUGUAUGUGUAUGAAAGUUUACAUCUGUUAUUUUUAUGUCAGACAUUUAUCAGCCUUCCAUCAAGUUUUUGAUGUAUUUAGAUCAGGAAAUCUGUUGUGAAAGAGAACAUUUUGUUUUCAAUUUAAAAAAAAAAUCAGACAAUGUUGUUUGUUGUUUUAUUUUGUGGAUUUCUGGGAAACUCAGAUUGUUAAAAAAACUUGGAUUGGAUAUGCAUGUUGGCAGCUGUACCAGACAAAGGAAUACAUAUUUGUAUGUUUUUUUGGUUUGUUGAUUUUAAUUUUUCUAGAUGUAAAACAAGCUAUGAUUUUUUUUUUCUAUGUACAGUUUUGCGUGUUAGUAUUUUGUAAACAGCUAGUUUUGGUAGCUCAACACAGCCAUUUUAGCUAGCUUUUGUAGCCAUUUGGUUAACCCAGUUGUACUGGCUGUAAUUUCUGUUAACUGGCUAUAACAGCCAUAGCAGCUAGAGCUUUGUCAAGAGUUGUAGCUGUAUAGGUUUACAAACCUUUAUGUUUAUGUACAUAUUAAAACCCAUAGGGAAUAUGAUGUUGUAUUAUGUAACAGACAUUGCUAAAGCCUCCAAGAUCAGUGACAUUUAUACAUUGUUACUGUACAUUUUAUAUUGUUGUAUGUUUGAUAUAUUUUACCUUGAUGUACAUUUUUAUCUCUUGAAUGGUUGACUUUUACAGGAUGUAAGUGUUUACAUGAUGUAAGUGGCAUACAUGUUUACAGGAUGUCAGUUACAUGUAUAAAUACAUAAUGUUAAACAUAUAAAUACAUAAUGUUACAUGUAUGAUUGUUUUGUAUCAAAAUUGUGCUGUCAUUGUCUGUCAACUUUCUGAUGAUUAUAAAAACAAAAUAAAAUAAAGUUGA